UCAUGGUGGCGUAACGAAUUCAGAGUGAUACUAGGGAUGACAAAUCCUGAUUGGUUUCUUCACUCAACAGGUGAGAAGGUCUGAGAAGAGUCAGUCGGCGGAGAAGCGCAUCGUCUGCAUGACUUGGACUUGCACGCGAGCAUAAAUAUAUAUUCCUGGCGAGACAGAGACACCAGGAACGUGAAAAUCAAUAAGCAAGAAGAUCUGGAACUUUGCCGUCGUCGUGUUCAUUCAUGGCUUUGGCUGUGGCUAUGGCUAUGGCUUCCACCGUUCCCGCUUCUCGCCUAGCUCGUUCCGUGCUCCCUCUUCUUCCCCCUCAUUACCUGAGCUUCAGGUGGUUGGACAAUACCGCGAGAAAUGCUGAAUCUGCGGUAGCGGAGUCGCAAUCGGUGACGGUCAAUGUCGCGCAUGACCUCCUUAGGAAGGGACACCGAUACCUGGACGUCAGGACAUGUGAUGAAUUUAAGGCUGGACAUCCACCAGGAGCAUUGAAUAUCCCAUACAUGUUCAGAACUGGUGCAGAAAUGUCGAAGAACCCACAAUUCUUGGAUGAAGUAUCAGCGCACUUUGCCAAAGAUGACGCGUUCGUUGUGGGGUGUAAGAGUGGAAGGAGGUCUCUCAUGGCUGUAACCGAUCUUCAAUCUGCUGGUUUUGGCCGAGUUGCAAACGUCGCAGGUGGGUACUCUGCCUGGACAGAGAAGGGGCUUCCUACUUCAGAGCAAGGUCAUGGCGAAGCUCCUUAAGCAUCAGACUAAUCCCGCACCGAGUGAUUCUUCUACACCCCCCCCAACAAAAAAAAAACCAAAGUCUUAAUUAUUUCACUGUUCCUUUAGCAGUCUUGGUGCUGGAUUGAAGCAACAUUGCUCAACAGCCAGGAUGAAAAGCACCCAAAUGCAGAAGUUCCCUUUUUUCUGUUUUAGUUGCCUCCGAACUUGUUCACCUUUGUGGAACUUUGACAUGCUCAAAUUUUGCAUGCGCAAAUCCAUAUUGCUUAGUGAUGCUACCGUAUCAACUUCUAUUAGCAAAACAAGAUACCGAUUUCAAGC